GAAAAUCUUAUCUGCUAUAUAAAAAAACAACUUUAAACAUGCUUUGAAACGCAAAAAAAAACACAGAAAAAAAUAUACACGCGCUAACACCGAGAACAACUUCAACUCCUAUUCUUGGUUCUUUCGGUAAAGUCACGUUGAAGGGUAUAAAACAAUAAAAAAAUCAAAAAUUUAACUUCAACUCCGUCGACCAGAGUGUUGAGAGUGAGGCAUCACCACCACACAAGGCCGGGAGAUGUGUACAUCCAUGCAGCGUCCCAGCGUCCAGUAUCGCACCUCGUACGCUGCUGCGUUUGCCUGCCGCGCGAAAUUUAAAAUAUUUAACAAUGUUGUCGCAUCGCCAUCGUAACAUCGUAACAUCGAAAUAUCGUAAGUCGGACCAUCGGAACGCGGGGACUAUCUGUACUCUCAAAAGGCCGCGUGGCUGCUGGGAUUUGUUCAGUUAAACAUACUUGAGUUUGUUUUGAUGUGGAUGGACAUAUAUAGAGGUGAAUUGUCUGUGUAUUUGUUUUCAACGACCUCGGGUUAUAUUCCUGGCCACGUUACAUAAUUGGGGAUAUUGAGUCUCAGUGCCUUUGUGUGUGGUGCAGUGGUUCCCACACUGCGCUAUGAACUUGUUGACCUGGGUUCGAUUCCAAACCAUUAACAACAGUGGCAAGCGGUUUCAAACCAUGUCCUGUUUAGUUUGUUGCACUACCCUCGCACUUCCGAUUAGCACGGUUGGCUACGUACGGUGCGAAAGAAGUUAAACGUACGGUACAUACCCAAAGGUCGACUCGGUCUUAAAUUAGUAUCUAGUGCCAUAAGUAUGUACUAAAGAGAUUAAGGUCGCUAUAAUUGUUACUGACUACACUAAUCUUUCAUGCACCUCGAAAAGUGCUCACUAACAGAUCUUGCCCUUACGUUCUGCAAGGCUGAAAUGUGUUUGUCGUUGGUACAAUGUAUUUCUAUAUUAUAUCCAAGUAUUUCCACGUAAUAUAUGUUGGCAUAUAUUCAAAACCGGUGAAAGUACAUUCACAUUUUAGCAAACAGUACUUCUUGAUGAUAUUAGGUUUUUCAAGGCUGACCUGCACUUUUCAUUUACGUGUUGUAACGUAUUCACGUCAGAAGCAUAGAAAUAUUUAGUACAACUAUGCAGCUAUUUGUAUGUAAGAAACGCAUCUAACCACAAUUGUAUUCAUAACCACAAUUGUACCAUAAAGUCAACAUGAUGUAUGGCAGUUGACCAGCAUUGAUUCAUGAAAGCCUGAAUGUGCUGAUGAGACAGUUGGUGUUGAAGCCGGUCCAGUGUUUGCUGAUUCUGAAUCAAUACUAUUUAAAUGUUAGUCCCAGAAGGCUGUUGGACCGAUGGGUUGUAUAAUAAAUACUCUUAGAUUGUAUGUGGAGUGACAGAUAUAUAAAGAAGGCAGAUUGUCUGCUUAUAAUCUAUCUGUUAUAUUCUCCACAACGAUGUCUAUGAUUAUGUUGUGAUGUGGUGAGAACGGCCUAUGAUGAUUGAUUACACAUUCACUCGUGGAUUCACCAACGCUGAUGGUGGCGACGUGUUAUUUUUGGGAGAGGUCGGUUUGGUGGGUAGCUUGAUUUGGCCAGGAGUACCGUGGUACGGAUAAUCUUUUAUGGACGAAACUGACAUUUUGCAGGCUCGACCUCGUUACAAUUAUGCUACAGUCACCGAAGCCCAUUAAUUUAGUCAUUUUACAUUUGCUGUUUGGAGUUGAGAUAAAGAUUACAGCGCGCAUGCUGUGCUCAUGGACAUGGAAAGGUGGUAAACUUUACAUUUAAAAACUUUCAUUUAUAACGGGUCUACCUAAACUUCGAACAUCUUGCACAAGUCCUGCUUUAGAGUCAUAUUUAAUAAUUAUGACACCUUUAGCUAACGCGUAGUUGAAUUGUGUAUAAAUAUAACUUAACACAUACAUUGGUAUUUUUGCUGAAAUAAAUUUAUUCAUUGGUAUAGUCAAACCGAGUUUUUACUAAUGUAUUAGUAAUCUCCCAAUCCAAAAUUAUUACAUAAUAAAUACAAUACUGCAAAUACAUGUCUAAUAAUGAUAAAAAUGAUAAAUCAUACCCUUCGAAUACAUUUAACUUUAUCUUAAAUAACAUGUACUACUGUACAAGGGAUUGGGACAUUGACUGCAGAGAUGACGCAAUGAAAUUAUCUUCUGUGCAGGCCCUUUGGUGAUUGCAUCUCAGGAUCGUUAGGGACAGCAACGGAUAUGAGAGCCAAUCACCCAGCAGUGAGUUUGACUAUGGCUGGCGAUAAUGAAAUGUGUUGAAUGAGGCCAGGAUUACACGUGUCAUAAAAAGCCAGGAAACUCCGUCAGGGGUAAGGUAUGAGCUGUCAAUUCGUCACGUGACCGCGGCAGCUUUACGUAUACCUCUCAGUCCUGGAGGUUAUCCAGUCCGCCUGUGUCUUUAAAAGACAAAGGCAACUGGCCGUGGUGCUGGCCACCCACCCCUAUUUAGUGUGGCCAUACCAGCCUUUAUAGGUGUUCGCUAAUCGCACUUGCCCUCGAGACCGUGGAAUGCUAUAGGGGGAAUCUCUGUUUGUUUCAUAAGUUGUGUUGAAGAUACCAGUGACAGACUCACAAAUAAUGUGUAGUUUAGUAACGCUACACGUAAUUCCAAUUUAAUUGCUUACUAUACAAAUGUGUGAGUCUGCUAAAGCUCGCAUCUUUUCACGCUCAAUAAGACAUUGACAGGAUGAGAAAUGCACUGUUUGAUAUUUCACGUUUGGUCUGCUUGCUUGCAUCAUAACGGGAGUCGUUAUCGUUUCAGCCAUCGGAAUACUGCAAGUUCAAAUCUCAGUUGGCGCAUCACCGCAUUCCCUCCAGGGCCGAUUGAAUUACAAUCACUCUGGGUAGUCUACAGCACAGCAGUUGUCCGAUAACAUUGGUUUUACCUCUAAUAAUAUGCAUUGUACAUGGGUACAUUAAAAUUACAAUUAACAAUUAAAUGUGCACACAAUUUCAUGUUAAAUGUGAUAACAUUUGCAGUGUAAAAUGGGUAACACGAUGGAUUUAUUCCAUAUUGCCCUUCAUUUACGCAGGGGCCUCCAUAAUUCCGUUAAUUUUAACAGUAUCCUGAACCUCCAAGACACAUUUUAUUGAGGGUCCUGGACUGGCAGGUUUGGCCAUUUCUAUCAACGAGUGCUCGGCAUGUCUGAGGAAUCCGAAGUAAACGGAAAACCCCACGCAUGACGAUGGCAUAACGCUCAAAGAACCACAUAGGUAGCCACCUGUAUUGGCAUGGCUCGUCCAAUUAACUCGAGUAUCGCCCUCCGUUAGGCUUUUAGCCCCCUUAUGGAAACGCUAUAAAUGUGACGCUAGGAAGCACGCCAAGUGAUUGCACUACUCGGCUAUACAUAUCUGCAUUUUUAUUUCAUAGUUUGAAUUGGAGUACGUCUCUAUAUUUGAUAACCCGCCACUCUCACAGGGCGCGCAUGGCUUUUUCAAAGGUCAGGGAAUCAAAUGGCCAUUUGUCCCUGCGAUGAUGAUGUUUCCAAUGAGACCACAAUUUGUCAAUAUUUGGCCAUUUUUGUAGGAGUGUAACCUUGUACACUGACACACGGACACGCAUUUUAUGAACGUAUUGCUUCUACUAUAUGCCAUUUAUCCAGUGCUAUUUUUAAAGAGGGUCCUGCAUUUGUGUAUCUGGACAAUUCCAGAUAUUAGUGUUUGGCUUCAUGUGACAGGAAUGCCACAAACGAUGGGAUGAUACUCGUAGCCCUUCCACGGACACGCUUUAAAUUCAAUCCACAGUCUCAAUCCAGAGAGGACCACAAUGCGCCCAGGGUUUUAAUUUCAACCAGAUCCGAUCAAGUUCGGCGACCCGAAAAUAAUUUAUCCGCACCCGGUACACCAAAUUCAGUUUCCCCCUCGCUAAGGCUUCAGCUACUCGUUUGACGUGCCUACUCCAGUCUACGAGCGACUAGGAUGACUCUUCAUUAACUCUACAACAACCUGGCUAUAUCCAUGAUGCGGUCAUACCUUCCAAGCAACGAACGAACCUCCCACCCUCCCUCCCUUGACAGACACCCGACCAUCACAGACCGGGCGCAUUCGCGGCGAUAUGAACACGACACCGCGUGCAGUAUCGCCACUCGUGUACAGGCUGCUACCGUGAACGAAUCGCCAGGAAUGGUGCGCCAGAUGAACUCCGUCGGGAUAUUGGAAGCUAAGCUGACUUUGAGCCCGCAUAUGAACAGUGCUCGGAUGAGCGAGCACCGUGCACAGCAGGUGCUAUCGGCAUGCGCGCGAGGUUGUACCACGUUGCGGGCAGCAGAGGCAGGGCAAGUGCGGUAAAUGUCAUGAUUGUAUUGCGCUAUGCGUCCCGCGUCUGUGCGCCGCCGCCCUCACGAACCCCCCCGCACUGCCGAGCGUGAUGCAUGCAGCACGGCAUGGGAGGCUGGGGGUGGUUGGUGGUGCCAUCAUACAGUACUUUAUACUUCACCCCCCACGACCUGGGCACAGCGCCCGGGUGGGGAAGCCCUCAUCCAGCAGUGGGCUGACAACAGGGCCGUCUAACGUGCGCGUACAAAUCCCCAUUAGUGCCGCUCGCUUUAACAUGUUGACGACCUGAAAACUAUUGCGUGCGUGCGUGUGGUGGGGGCGGUGGCCACAAAGGGAACAACAUCGGGCGAGCUUUGAGUCAUAGCUGUUCUCACGAAAAGCACCGGCGACUCGCAAAGGGCAUCAAGCGGGUAGCGAGAAGCUGACAUGAGAAGAGAGAGAGGGAGAGGAGAGAGGGGGUAGCUGAGUGUGAGAGGCCAGCUCAUGAGAGCCCCGUGCGGGGAAGGGCAGGCAAAGGUGCUGUCCGGAGGGUCUCGGACCAAUCACCCCGGCCAAACCCAACAGGAAUCUUCCACAGGGAAGGUGAACUCAUCAACUUCGGCUGUCUGUGCCCAUCACACCCAUUGCAGCAGGUGGUUUAGGAAUCGCACUGAGUGCCGCCAGGUGAUCAAGCUUUCCGUGUGCAGUCAUGGAGACCGUGAGUCCCCGAGAUAAGAAGGGCCCAACUUUGCCUGCUGCUGUCGGGCUACCUACAACAAGAAGUUCCAAGCGGGAUCUCUGGCUAACCAGCAGGAGAGGCUGGCAGGCGACUGCUGUGGACCUCCAAGCGCCACCCACCACAGGGAGUAAUGCCACCAAAGUUUACCUUGGACACCAGAGCGACAGCCUGAACGCGCACUGCACCCCUCGAGUGUCCAGGGUAAGCGAGCUGCUUUGUAAGCGUUCAGAGGACCCAGAGGAGGUCCUGUACAACCUGGGCUUUGGGAAGGAUGAACCAGAUGUCACCACCAAGAUCCCAGCACGUUACUUCUCCAGUGUGUCGCAGGCACGAGGGAUCAACGGGCAGGUGCUCCUCGCAUCGCAGCUCGCACGCCUCUCAGGCGAGCACUCUGGCCUCGAACGCCGUUUCCGCCAGGUCAGGAUGCUGGCCAACGUGGCCGACACGUUGAACCAGAUCUACUCUCAGGUGUCAGGAGUGCACGUCCCCAUGCUGCUGCCACUGGUGCGCACCCGCAGCCUGUUUGUGCAGCAGGAAGAGGGCGGAAGAGAGGAGGACCAGUGCACUAGCGUUGGAAACAUUCAGCGCUCUGGCAAGACGAAGGUUGCCCGCAGGCUCAUCAAGACUCUGUCCAAGCACAAAUUGUUCGGUGGCACUGUUAACACGAUAGAUUACAACUGCUUGAUGUUAGUCAAACAGCAACUCACCGUUCCCACAGCCGAGCCUGGCAAAACGUCAUUACAGCGACCUGCCAUCGCCACUGCUGGUGGCCAUUUAACAAGAGAGAGCAUGCUGGCUGAACCGUCACUCAAGACCGUACAUUUUCAGUUUGGCGAGGCUUUUAUAGCAGCAGGUUUAACUAACACUUGUCUGAAAGUGGUUGAAGAAAAAUACUCGUGCACUUGUAGGGAUUGCAGAGAGCCGGACUCAGGGAGAGAGGUUACUUUUCCAAAGUCUGGCAUCUCAAAGCUCACAAGCUGCGUGGGCACAGCUGGUGAGGAAUCAAGGGCUUGUGGGGAGCACAGAGACGAGCCCUCCGAUAUCAUAGGCUGCUUUCAGACAAAAUUAAAUGAGGCGGAAACUCCCAUGAGCAGGCAGUCAUGCAUCCCACGACCCAGUGCAGUCGUGCACAGAGACAAAGGAUCAUCAACUACCCACCACGGCCCGCAGGACAAGCCCAGACUCAAGGACUCGUUUGACCUGGAAGAGGUUCUGAAUAAUGAUGGAGAGACCUGCCGAGCAGGGCUGCACUCGGCGGGUGCGAGGGAGUUCUGGGGGCUUCCAGCGCGGACCGGCAGUGCACAUUCAGACAGCAGUGGCUAUGCCGAAGACCCGGCCGUCUUUGACUGCAGCUCUGCUGUGCACCACCAACAGAGCACGGACUUCCUGAUUGGUGCUGACAGCCAAACGAGCCAGGGGAUCCCCUUCGCACCAUCAUGCAUCUCUGAACAAUUGCCUUGCGGAUCCCUGCUGCCUCCCUGUGAUAUGCGGUCGUGGCCACACCUCGGUGAGGCCGUGCCCUUGGCUGACAAAUAUCAUCGUGACGGAGAAAGAAUUGAGCUCAAGGCACACCCAACAAAGAGCUUCUACGAGCAACCUGGGGGAUUGCACUUUUCCGCUUUUGAGGAUUUCAUCGGUGGGUCACAGACAUUGAAAAGGACGCAGAAUGGGUCAUCUGACUCAUUGGGAAACUCACUAAUCUACAAAGUGCCUCAGAGGAACCUAUUCUCAUCACGCACACCCAACAGGCAAUGCACAGCCUGCCAGACAGAGCACGUCCCUAGCGAGAACGACAGUGUGAUUGCUGAUGAUGAAUGUGUGGCCACUGCACCAGGUGACGCACAACAUCACUCACUCAGGGAACGCAACAAACAGCGGUCCGUGUCUACUCAAACUGACAGUGUGGACACAUCCAGUACAAUCAGGGAUGCUGUCCCUACAGCUUGCACGUUCUCACAUCUGCCUCUGCGCUCCCACACAAUGAUAGUGAUGGGAGACCAUGAGAAGAGUUGCGAGUUUGCAGUGUCCAGCAGAGGAGGCAUGCCUGAGACCCAAGAUGGGACUUCGGGCCAUCAGAAGUUUGCGUACACCAGCAACAAUCGCGUCCGGUUAGCAUGUGUGUGUGCGCAUCAUUGUGAAUGCCAUCUCCACGUGCAACGUCAGUGCCACCAUCGAAUGUACCCAGAAUGCAUCGAUUGUCACAAGAGCUGUGAACCACGUGUGCUCUUCCGGUCACGCAGUCUUGAUGAUCUUAUCAUGAGCAGACGUGGACUGCACUAUAGCCUCAUUGUCCAAGUGUGAACCUGUGCGAUUCGUCACCACUGCCUGUGGGCUGCAAAAAUGCUGUUAAAUAUGCACCGUAUAUUCCUUUGUUACGAUCGCCACCUGGUGGUGUUUUGUGUUACAUUCAGCGAUUUUUGUUUUCGCUGGAGUUAAAAUAAAGGAUCAGGGUUCAUAGCAUUGUCAGUUGUUUGCCCAUGACACCUUCCGACCAAGAAGAAAGAUACAUCAUACCAAAGUUAUGUAAAUACUUUCUAAGAUGUGUUUGUUCUCGGGAGUAUUUAAUAAACAAUAAUGACGUUACAAAUGCUGUCGUGUCAUGGUGAGCACACUGGACUUGCCAUCCAGAGAUUGUCUGUUCGCAUCUCCUGGCAUGGAGUUGAAACAAUUAGCAAUAUACACAG